AAGUCGAAAGGCGCUAGGCGUAGAUCUACAAGAGACGGGCUGAAAAUACAGUAAUUGAAAUGCUGCCAGAGUGUUUUGUAGUAGAAGAGGAUAGAGCUCUAGUAGAGGCCUUGCGCGGGACCGUUCGAGACAAGCUACGUACUUGUAUAACAAAAUUGGAACGAAAAGAAAUCGAGUUAAAACGCGACAACCAAUGUUACAUAGCCUGACAUUCAGCUGAAGGCUCAGACUUUUCGCUUUCUCCUUCAAGUUUCAGCACUGAGUGACUCGCGCUCCAAUCUGCUGUGCUGGACAUGUGGUGAUCACAGCUGAAUUACAGCAGGAACGGACUAGCACUGAUCACGUACCAAAAAGCAGCUUUUUUUGGCCAACAAUACUGCUGGUGGACGCGCUGGUACGUGGUGACAUAGUCAAGCGAGACGGCUGGCGGCGUUUGAUAAUCUUUAUUUCAGGAUUACUAGUACCGAAAGGUUAUCCGACAAGAUCAUGCACAAGUACAGUCCAGUGUUUCCUGCUGCAACGCAGAUUAUUAUUAUAGCGCUGUGCGCCAGCCAUUUUCUCGUAGGAUGUAUGACGGCUUCAGCAGCAGCUGGGCAGCGGGCGGCGGACAGCAGAAAGCCAGUGAUUAUCGACACGGACGUGGGCUCGGAUUUCGACGACAGCGUAGCUAUCAUGCUGGCCCUGCAGAACGACGAGCUGGACGUCAAGCUGAUCGUCACCGCCACCAACGACACGACGGCGCGCGCACGCAUCGUGGCCAAGUACCUGCUGGCCACGAACCGCACGGACGUGCCCAUCGGCAUUGGCCUAGCGGUGAACAACUGCCGACAAACGCUGUUCAGCUGGGCGGACGACAUCUCCCUGGACAGCUAUCAGAAAGAUCACGGCGGAGUCGUCCACGAGGACGGCGUCCAGUCAAUGUACGACGUCAUCAAGGCGUCGGCGGUGCCGGUGACUAUCGUUGCCAUAGCGCCGGCCACCAACUUCCCCGCGCUGCUGAAGCGCUACCCGGACGCGGUGCACCGCGCCAGCGUCGUGGCGAUGAGCGGCAGCCUGUACCGCGGCUACGGCAACUCGUCGCAGCCGGCCGCCGAGUACAACGUGUGGCAGUGCGCGGUGUGCUCGCGGCAGAUGUACACGGCCGGCUGGGCGUUGACGACCACACCACUGGACACCUGCGGCGUGGCGCGCAUGUACGCCGACUCCUUUGACCUGGUGCUGGGUGGCCUGGGCCCGUACUCCACUAUUCUCCUGGCGUCGUGGAUACGCUGGUGCUCCGAGUCGGGCUCCUCGGCGUGCAGCCUAGCGCCGCUGAUCACGGACGUGUUCUACGAUGCCGUCGCGGUCACCCUGGCGACCAGCCAAGGCGCCAAGUUCAUGGACAUCGAGGCCAGGAAGGUGGUCGUCACGGACGACGGGCACACGGUGAUAUCCGAAAGCGGCACGGAGAUCCAGGCGGCGCUCAACUGGCACGAAGGCGGUACGGGUCUGAGCGCCUUCCAGAUGUGGCUGGGCGGGCAACUGGCUAAGAACUCGGCCUCGUCAUUGCCAUGACACUAGUCAGGUGUCUGAGAGACGCCUCAUUGUGUCACACACCAUGUACCGUGUAUACGCCCGUCGCAAGAGAAGCAUGCAAAUCUGCAAGUGCAUUGGAUGUGCACCCGCAGAUUUUCUCUUAUAGCAACCGUCGGAUAGCGGAUCUGGUUGUGAAUGAAACAGAUCAAGACACACACACACACACACACACACACACACACACACACACACACACACCAUGAAUACACACACACACCUGUCCUGUCCUGUAGAGCCACUGCCACAGGGGUCGGUGGGCCCCUGAGGGGCGCACACACACACAUGCGCACACACACACACUGCUGCAUGCUGCACACAAGGAUUUUGCGGUUCCGUACAAAGCAACCCUGGUCUUACCACGGCAUGCUUGAACAGUGACGUAGAUACUGCAGGAUGUGUAGACUGUAGCAGACUGCGGUACAGACCAGUUACAUGGAGAAAAACAGCUUUUCUCUCUGCCCUUGCAUGGCUGAUGAAGGACAACAACGAAGCACGUACAUGUACUGAGUACGAGUAUGAAGAGAAUGCAGGUGUGGUAUGCUGAGCUGUGUAUGCAGGUGAUAUGUGCCAACGCCAGCCAGCACCGUAGAAACCCGACUCCCUGCGUCGAGGCCUCAUCUGUCUAAUUAAAAAUAUUUAAUGUUAGCCUAGCUAUCUCAACUGACUCAAUCACAAAUCCAAAGUAUAACUGUAAGUGCUGCAAUGUUUAUUACCCUUACCAAAUAAUUGUGACGCCCUCACCGAACUCUUGCUACUCCCCCCAGAUUCUUGCUACCCCC